GUGUGUGUGUGUGUGUGUGUGUGUGUGUGUGUGUGUGUGUGUGUGUGUGUGUGUGUGUGUGUGUGUGUGUGUGGCAUCUAAUAACUUUUUGUAAUGAAGGCCGUGAGGCAGUUAUUCAUACAUAUUGAUACACACACCUCAGCACUUCACUCUUUUCGUUCAGUGACAAACAUUACUGGACACCUUCACAUGUUCUCUUCGGCUGAUGUUUAACCCUAAUGACACAGGUUAUUUCCGAAUCACACACCACUGCCAAUGGAUCCUCUUAGUAUAUAAUUGCAUGAAGAGAUGGCAGAAGCAAUUAUAAAGACUUGUGAGUCCGUUGGUAGGGAUUCAGUUCUUGAGGAACCACAAGUAAUAACAACAGCAUCAAAAGCAACGCCAACGAGUUUUCAUCAAGUGUUGCCCUUGCUUCCCUCCACGAGCUUCCCUCAAGAUGCGGAAAGGAGUGGUGGCCGGCCUGUGCCUGGCACUGGUGGUGAUGUGCCUGUACCUGCCCCAGCCUUGCGAGGCUCAGUAUGAGGCUCUGGUAACUUCCAUUCUUGGAAAACUCACUGGACUGUGGCACAACGACUCGGUGGACUUCAUGGGCCACAUCUGCUACUUCCGCCGCCGCCCUAAGAUCAGAAGAUUUAAGCUGUACCACGAGGGCAAGUUUUGGUGUCCUGGUUGGGCGCCUUUCGAGGGCAGGUCGAGGACAAAGAGCAGGUCGGGGUCAUCCAGGGAGGCCACCAAGGACUUCGUGCGCAAAGCUUUACAGAACGGACUCGUCACACAGCAGGAUGCUUCUCUGUGGCUGAAUAACUAAAGCAGAGGAAGUGAGUGCUGUGUACGACGAGGAGGAGAAAGAGGAUAACAUGGAAGUAACUGUCUGACUUGUAAUCAUAUAUCUUUUUUUUCUCAAGGGACUUGCUGGUAAAUGCAAGGUUAAUGAAACUAUGGAGGUAGUGAACGUGAUGGAAAGUCAAGUAUGUGAAGAAGUACCACAUAUAUUUUUUUUUAUAGAUUUUUCUAAUGUACUUGCGUCUUUGCCUUUUUCUCUCAGUUUCCACCAUCAGUGCCUUUGACACUUAUGCUAAAAAACGAAAAUGAAAUGAAAGAAAAAUAGAAAAUAUAAUUACAAACAAAAUAUAUAGAAGACGAAAAACAAAUAAAUCCAUCAUAUCUUAACUAUUAUAACGGUAGUAAGCCUAUUUUCUUUUUUUAUGGAUGAGGUAAGAAAAAGUAAUGAAACAUAUCUUAAUUGCACUUGAGCUGUUGGAUCGUAAUAGCCGUAAGACUUGAAAAAGACAUUCAGUUACUUGUUGUAUCUCUAAACUCUCUAUAAGUGUUAAUAAAGAUAUAUGCUGUU